GCCGUGCUGACAGCCGAUGAACCAGCGUCCCCUGUCCUGGUCGAACAAUGGCUGCAAUUCGGAACUUGGCUCAUUCUCUUGGCGCAAUGUGGUGCUCUUCUAACCGAGCCUGUGUGCACUACCCGGUUUCGUCUGGGCUGCCAUAUGGCCGUUGCGACGGUCGUCUGGUUGGUCAUGUUCCUCGUCGAGAUGCAUCACGCCCGGUAUGAAUUACAGACAUGGAAAACAGCGCAGUUAAUUUUGUCUGCAGUCGAUGUCGUUCUUGCCCUGCUUGUGGCCUGCUCGGCUCUGCUCCUCCCGCGACGUCCAGAUGUUCUGCGGAAUGGUACCAUUGUGGACCGACAAUUUACCGUUUCAGCCCUUGAUCGACUGACCUUUAGCUGGGUAGAGCCAUUGCUGAGUUUGGCUGCUCGGAAACGAGAUGUUCGAGUUGACGACCUACCAGAACUGGAUCACAAGACCCGGUCCGAAACCUUGCAGGUAUCCUUUGCAGAACAACAGACAAGUGACGCCAGCAAUAAGAAUUCAGGGAAAUUGUUGAAAACAUUGACUCGCUGUUAUCGCUCCGAGAUUGUCCUUCAGUUUGUGUUGGCCGUGAUUUUGUCCAUUCUGAGCUUCAUCCCGCAAAUCGCGCUCUUGCGAACCUUGCAGUCACUGGAAAUGCCACUGCACGAUCCUGAUCGGUCAACCAGGGCUUGGCUUUGGGUGUUUGUAUUAGGUCUCGCCAUGGUACUUUCUUCGACUGUGAACACUUGGCUUGUCUGGAUCUCGUAUGGCGGCCUCAACAUCAAGAUUACUGAGCAGUUAGCUACGGUGAUCUUCGACAAAGCUGUCCGUCGGAAGGAUGUGACACAGCCUGCACAAAUUCAGGCACCCGAGGGUGAGCCACUAGCGACCAAGCCAAAGAAAGAUGGCAGCAGUUCGGCCUCAGGUAAAACACACCAGAGUACAAUCAACCUGAUUGCAGUCGACACUUGGCGCAUCGCCGAUUUCGCAUCUCAAAGCUAUCUUCUCUACCAGUGUCCCUUGCAGCUGGCAAUUGCGUGCACCCUACUAGCCCAGCUGGUAGGCUGGCAAGGUCUUCUGGCUGGGCUGGGCGUGCUCCUAGUUCUCAUGCCACUCAACGGAAUGGCGGCAAAACGGUAUUCAAGAUCUCAAGGACGCAUUAUGGGAACCCGUGAUAGCAAAAUAUCCGUCAUCCUCGAAGCACUUCAGGGUAUCCGGCAGAUCAAGUUCGCAGCGCUGGAGUCUCGGUGGGAAGACAAGAUCAAUGGCUUCCGGGACUCUGAGCUGCAGUCCCAGUGGGCGGCUUGUCUUUGGCAAACAGCUCUCUUUGCCAUGUAUAUUGUCGGUCCUGUAAUGCUGUCCGCUGCUUCUUUGUCUGUGUAUGCUAUUAUCAACGGGGGGCUGACGGCCUCUGUUGCGUUCACGUCUGUUUCAAUGUUUGGAUCGAUCGAGGUUGCCCUCACGUCCCUUCCGGCAAGUGUUGCGGCACUGAUGAACUCUCUAGUCAGUCUGGGACGUGUUGAGGAAUUCCUCAAUGCCCCAGAGAGCGUUCCCAACAGCGUUCCAGCGGAUAGUAUUGCCUUCUCGAAUACAUCGAUAUCAUGGCCAUCGCACGACUCCGCAGCCAGCAUCGAGAACCACGGUUUCCACCUUCACAAUCUCAACCUGGACUUCCCCAAAGGUGGCCUGAGCGUCAUCUCCGGCCCAACAGGCUCAGGAAAGAGUCUGUUGCUCGCGUCAAUUGUUGGCGAAUGCGAAGUCCUAAGCGGAACUAUCAAGGCACCCCCCCGGCCAACCUUCAACGAACGCAUCAACGGAAACCAAUGGAUCAUCGACUCGGCUAUGGCCUACGUGAGCCAAGUCCCCUGGAUCGAAAACGCGACCAUCAAAGACAACAUUAUCUUCGGUCUGCCGUUUGACUCGGAACGAUAUGAGAAGGUCCUUUUUGUCUGUGCACUCGAGCCCGACCUUGCCUCAUUUGCCGACGGCGAUUCCACUGAGAUUGGUGCCCGGGGCGUGAAUCUUAGCGGUGGUCAGAAAUGGCGUAUUACUCUGGCACGGGCGCUGUACUCGCGUGCUGGCAUUUUGCUCAUGGAUGAUGUGUUCAGUGCGGUAGAUGCGCAUACUAGUCGUCAUCUGUUUGAGCAUGCGCUUACUGGGGAGCUUGCGUGGGGGAGAACCCGUGUCCUUAUUACGCACCAUACGGCGCUUUGUUUGUCGAGGACGGAUUAUGCGAUUCAUUUGGAUAAGGGUAGCGUGUCUUAUGCCGGUCCGGCACGGGAUGUGGAGGGAGAAAUCCCGUCAAUACAGUCGCCAGAUACCGACCUUCUCGUGAAAGCCACGGACAUUCCGGAUAGAGACGAGGCACUCGUGCAGCCACCGCCACGCCCACAACCAGAAAACAAGUCUAAGCCGGCACAGAAGUUCGUCAAGGACGAAGGAAAAGAGACAGGCUCUAUUAAAUGGGGUGUAUACAAGGGCUAUAUCACGCACAGCGACAGCUUCUCACUUUGGUUCUUGGUCCUGUUUCUCUACUUGGGAUACAGUUCCUUGACCAUGGCCCGGGCAUGGUGGCUCAACGUCUGGAGCAGUCAGGAUUCCGUGCCUGAGCGGACUAUGUCCGUCAUGCAUCAUGCCGUUCAUCAGUUGACGGUUACGGCUCAGAAGGACUACGAUCUAUCCUUUUACAUCAGCGUCUACGUCGGCAUGUCCGUGCUGGCUUGCGUCAUAGGUGCUAUCCGGACUCUCUUCGUUUUUGCCGUGUGUCUCCGGUCCUCGCGCAACCUGUUCCGGCAUCUUCUCCGCAAUGUCCUCAGGGCCCCGAUGCGCUGGCUGGAUACAGUUCCUCUCGGACGCGUCAUUAAUCGCUUCACAUCGGACUUCAAUACGAUUGACUCAGCAAUGGGUGGAGUGUUGGGAAAUACUAUUUUCAACGCAAUCGAAAUAAUAUCCACUGUUCUGGCCGGAGUCCUGGUCAACCCCGUGCUAGGUCUCUUCACCACGGCGAUCCUCCUAAUGUCACUCUUCUUCGCGCGCAAGUAUCUGACAGCGGCUCGCGAGACCAAACGACUAGAAAGUACAGCAAAGAGUCCCAUCUUCGUGCAAUUUGACUCCGUGCUCAAUGGCCUCGACACGAUCCGGGCUUUCGGAAAACAACCCAUCUACAUUAACCGCAUGCACGGCAUCAUCGAUGGCCACGCACGCGCCUAUUGGCAUACCUGGCUCCUUAACCGCUGGCUCGCAUACAGGAUGAACCUGAUGGGCGCCAUUUUCACAACCACCACAGCUUUCUUGGCCAUUGCAGCCAAGGGAACCACCGCGUCUGUGGCUGGUUUUGCCAUCAGCUUUGCGCUGCGAUACACGGCCAUCAUGUCCCGCGCGACCCAAAUCUAUUCAACCAUGGAAUUGUCGCUGAACAGCGUCGAGCGCAUACAGGAAUACACCGAGGUCGAGACUGAGGAAGACACCGGGAUCGAUCCUCCUGCCGCAUGGCCUACGCGAGGCUGUCUCGAGGUGUCUGAUCUUGUUGUCGGCUAUGCGCCUGACCUACCGCCCGUGCUGCAGGGGUUGAACUUCCAGGUCGAAGAGAACCAGCGCGUGGGUGUGGUUGGAAGAACCGGUGCUGGAAAGUCAUCAUUGGCGUUGACAUUGUUUCGCUUCCUCGAUAUCCGUCAGGGUCAAAUCUACGUGGAUGGAAUUGAUGUCUCGAAGAUCAAGCUGCAUCAUCUCCGCAGUCGACUGGCCAUCAUCCCUCAAGAUCCUGUCCUUUUCUCGGGUACAGUGCGGUCCAACCUCGAUCCAUUCGGCGAAUAUGACGACCUGCAGCUCGCGAGCGCUCUGGAACGAGUUCACUGGGGUGGUUCGGCCCAGACCGAAAAAGCCCGAUCACUGGAUAUCCCCAUAUCCGAGGGCGGCCAGAACCUAUCCCAGGGCCAGCGACAACUUCUUUGCUUGGCGCGGGCAAUCGUAUCACGACCAAAGAUCAUGAUUCUAGACGAAGCCACGUCUGCAGUCGACAAGGAUACCGACGAGCUCCUGCAGCAGUCUGUUCGGUCCGAGUUCGGGCGUCAUUCUACCUUGUUGGUGAUCGCCCAUCGUAUCAGCACGAUUGCUGAUUUCGAUCGCAUUCUUGUGCUUGAUGCCGGGCGGGCGGUCGAGUUCGGGGCACCGCGGGAAUUGAUGAAGGUCCCCAAUGGUGUUUUUCGCAGAUUGGUAGAGGAGAAUGGCGAGCGAGAGGAGCUGGAAAGGAUCAUUCAUGGUAAUUGAGCUGUACAUUACUUCCAGUUAAUUACAGUAUAUUACAAUAUGUACCGGUACUUAUAAUAUAAUAACUUAAUCGACCGAGCUAGCCAGCUACCGAUGUCCCCACGAAGUGGGACCGAUUAUGG